CGUCAUAGUUAAAGAGCGAGAGAGGCAUAGAGAGAUCCGUUAUUUGGUUACAAACUAGGCUGGAAAGCAAGGAUUUUUGUUGAAAAACAAUUAAAUUAUCAUGAUAACUGUUAUUUUAACAUAGCUAAGUGAAGGUGUUUAUCGGCUUUACCCGCAUACAGUUUGGCAGAAGCUCGAGGAGAGAGGGGGAGCUGGAGAGGGGGGGACUGAGGUUGUGGGUUUCGUGCAGUGAUCUGUCUCAACUCAGGAUGAUGCGGUAUCACACCUUCCUAGCGGUCUGCUUGGACUGAGCGACGCCCUUCACAGCAGUCGAUGCGGCCUGUUGCCGCAUCGCUCGCGGCUGAGAACACAGCAUGUCUCGCGCUUCCUCUACCGCCAAGCGCUACACCGGCUCGUACUCCAGCUCCUCCUACGGUCACUAUGGGUCCUACGGCUCCUCGCUGUCGCCCGCGCUCGACUCCUACAGCCCGAGGGAGCGGCUGCCCUACAAGAGCCCCGCCUCCAGCUACCUGAGCAGCAGCGCAGCCCGCGCCCGCAACUACAGCACGUCCACGGAGCUGGACCGCGGCCGGGCCGCCCCGCGCACCGACCUGCUGGCCGGCAGGCGCAGCGAGAGCCUGAGCCGCGCCCCGGCGAGGAGCUACGGCUCGGGGCUGAGCGGGGGGGGCACGGGGGGCUACUCCUCGGUCCAGUCCAGCUACCUCUCCUCCUCGCCGAGCUCCUCCAGCGUGGCGCUGAGCCGGCGCCGGUCCGUGAGCCAGACGGACCUGGCGCGGGACCUGUCCUCCCUGACGCUGGGCGAGUCCUCCUACUCCUCCGGGAGCGGCCUGAGGACGGCCCACCGAAGCCGGGCCAGCGACAUCGCCGACUCCUACACCCACAGCCGCUCCACCUACACCCUCUCCCGCAGCUCCACCCAGGACGGCCUCGCCCCCAGCUGCUCCAGCUCUCCUUCACGGGACUACGCGAGCUCAAAGGGUGGGCAAGGUGCGGUGGGACUGCGGAAUCUGGGGAACACUUGCUUCAUGAACUCAAUCAUUCAGUGUCUGAGUAACACUCGAGACCUGCGAGAUUACUGUCUACAUAACUCCUACCGCAGAGACCUUAAUAACAGCCACAAUACAGCACUCAUGGAAGAGUUUGCCAAGCUCAUCCAGACACUGUGGUCAUCAUCAGGCAGUGAGGCCGUCAGCCCCUCAGAGUUCAAAACCCAGAUUCAGAAGUACGCUCCCAGAUUUGUGGGCUAUAACCAACAGGAUGCUCAGGAGUUUCUGCGUUUCCUACUUGAUGGGCUACACAAUGAUGUGAAUCGGGUCACGGUCAGGCCCCGGGGACACAUGGAAGAUUUUGAUCACUUGCCAGAUGAUGAGAAAGGGAAACGAAUGUGGAAUAAAUAUCUGGAAAGAGAAGACAGCAAAAUCGUUGAUGUGUUUGUUGGCCAGCUAAAGAGCUCGUUGACUUGCAGUGAUUGUGGCUACUGCUCUACAGUAUUUGACCCCUUCUGGGACCUCUCCCUGCCCAUCGCCAAGAAAGGCUAUGGGGAAGUGAGUCUGAUAGACUGUGUGAGACUCUUCACCAAAGAGGACGUGCUGGAUGGGGAUGAGAAACCGACAUGCUACAGAUGUAAAGCCAGAAGAAAAUGCACAAAGAAAUUUACAAUUCAGAAAUUUCCGAAGAUCCUGGUGCUGCAUCUGAAACGCUUCUCUGAGGCUCGGAUCAGAACCAGUAAACUGUCCACCUUUGUCAACUUCCCCAUGAAGGACUUAGACCUCAGAGAGUUUGCAUCUGAAAACAGAAUUAAUGCAGUCUAUACGCUGUAUGCAGUGUCCAAUCACUCAGGUACCACUAUGGGCGGACACUACACAGCGUACUGCCGUAACCCCACCACUGACGAGUGGUACACCUUCAAUGACUCCAGAGUAACGCCAAUGUCCUCCAGCCAAGUCCGCAGCAGUGACGCCUACGUGCUGUUCUACGAGCUGUCCAGCUCCUCCCGAAUCUGAGUCCAAGCAGGGGGGAACAGGGCAGGGGUGGCACAUCACACACAGCCCCCCCCACCCCACCCGAAAAACCAGGAGGAGGACGUUUCAGCAGGAGAAACUGCCCCCCACACAUCUAGCAUGCCGGCAGGUGGCAUGAACAAUAUCCCAGCAUGCCGUUCUCUCUCUCCCUCUCCUCCGAGAGAUCAGAACAGAGGGAGCAAUGAUGUCAGCUCCCGCCAGCAAUCCACCCCACCUGAGAUGUCUAUGCACUGCAGCUCAGACUCAUCCCCCUGCUGUUUUCACUCUCCAGAUCACCACAAAAUAAAGACUGCUUUCAUUUUUGAA